UCGGGCGUGUGCAUCAGCAAAAAAUUUGUAUGCAACCUCUACGAAGAUUGUCUGCACGGCGAAGAUGAGUUGAACUGUAAUUGCAGCGACACUGAUUUUGAAUGUCGUGGCGGCAAGUGUGUCAGCCUCAUGUUGACCUGCGACGGCGUCAACGACUGCCCUGACGGCGAUGAUGAACGCGACGAAUUUUGC